AUGUGGACUUGUGCCGGCGAGGUCACGAAGUGUGCCGGCGAGGUCACGAAGUGUGCCGACGAAUUCACGAAGAGUGCCGACGAGGUCACGAAGUGUGCCAACGAAGUCACGGAAUGUGCCGACGAGGUCACGAAGUGUGCCGACGAGGUCACGAAGUGUGCCGGCGAGGACACGGAAUGUGCCGGCGAGGACACGGAAUGUGCCAACGAGGACACGGAAUGUGCCGACGAGGUCACGAAGUGUGUCGGCGAGGUCACGAAGUGUGCCGGCGAGGAGACGGAAUGUGCCGGCGAGGACACGGAAUGUGCCGACGAGUUCACGAAGUGUGUCGGCGAGGUCACGGAAUGUGCCGGCGAGGACACGGAAUGUGCCGACGAGGUCACGAAGUGUGCCGACGAGGUCACGAAGUGUGCCGGCGAGGUCACGAAGUGUGCCUACGAGGUCACGAAGUGUGUCGACAAGGUCACGAAGUGUGCCGACGAGGUCACGAAGUGUGCCGACGAGGUCACGAAGUGUGCCGACGAGGACACAGAAUGUGCCGACGAGGUCACGAAGUGUGCCGACGAGGUCACGAAGUGUGCCGGCGAGGACACGGAAUGUGCCGGCGAGGACACGGAAUGUGCCGGCGAGGUCACGAAGUGUGCCGACGAGGUCACGAAGUGUGUCGACGAGGUCACGAAGUGUGCCGGCGAGGUCACGAAGUGUGCCGACGAGGUCACGAAGUGUGCCGACGAGGUCACUGAAUGUGCCGACGAGGUCACGAAGUGUGCCGGCGUGGUCACGAAGUGUGCCGACAAGGACACGGAAUGUGUCGGCGAGGUCACGAAGUGUGUCGGCGAGGUCACGGAAUGUGCCGGCGAGGACACGGAAUGUGCCGACGAGGUCACGAAGUGUGCCGGCGAGGUCACGAAGUGUGUCGGCGAGGUCACGAAGUGUGCCGGCGAGGUCACGGAAUGUGCCGACGAGGUCACGAAGUGUGCCGGCGAGGUCACGAAGUGUGCCGACGAGGUCACGAAGUGUGCCGGCGAGGUCACGAAGUGUGCCGGCGAGGUCACGAAGUGUGCCGACGACGUCACGGAUUGUGCCGGCGUGGUCACGAAGUGUGCCGACGAGGUCACGGAUUGUGCCGGCGAGGUCACGAAGUGUGCCGGCGAGGUCACGAAGUGUGCCGGCGAGGUCACGGAGAGCACCGCUCCGCCGGGAGCAUUGAAAUUGUUGCAUAUGUUUUAA